GAUGGACCGGUCGUGCGGUCUCGAGUGCUCUGAGCUGCAGUUUGCAAAUUAUCCCACAGAGAAAAGCACAUCUGCUCCCUUAUGCAGGAUGUGUCGAGGAUGAGGGGAGAGAAUGCAGGUCCGGGUGCCAUACUGUGUGCUUCAUGAAACAGGCCCUCGUGGGGGCGGAGCCCUUAUGAAACCCGGAACGUGCAAGGCCCCCUCUUACCGGGGAAGACACAGCGGCCUGCCAGCCCGAAAUGUCUCCUCAGACCAGAUCGAGCAGCUCCACCGGAGGUUUAAGCAGCUGAGUGGAGACCAGCCCACCAUUCGCAAAGAGAACUUCAACAACGUUCCUGACCUGGAGCUCAACCCGAUCCGCUCCAAAAUCGUCCGUGCCUUCUUCGACAACAGCCAGUGUCUGCAGAGAUGGCCGAGAAACCGGGAGAACCGGCAGAAAGAGGGAGGAAGGGAACAGCCAUGCUGUGGCCAGAAGAUGGGCAGUGACUUCCGGACAGGUUUCAGGUUUGAGCCUGACCAGGUGUACGAGGGGAUCACCUUCGACGACUUCCUGAAGAUCUGGCAGGGAAUAGACAUCGAGACCAAGAUGCACGUCCGCUUCCUCAAUAUGGAAACCAUCGCCCUUUGCCACUGACCUGCAGGCAUCCCCGCCCCCCCGGAAGCCGCUCCGGGGUCCGCAGCCGCCCUCGGGGCCCGAGGCCACCGGUGUCCUGCUGCAGCUCUUGUAAAUAGCCCCCCUCUGCCGUCCUGUUUUCCCGAGGGUGUGGUAUGUGGGACUAUUCUGUUUUUAUCUCUAAUAAAAAAGAAGACGGUUGGUUUGUUAAU